CGUCACUCCUGUUUGCGGUCGUCUGUAGGAGCGGAAGUGUAGUGUCUUGGAGCGGAAGUGGCCUUCGGGACUGGGAAUCGGUCCCGGCAUUGAAGGAAAGUGGAAGGUCCCGGGGCCAGUAGGACAGGGGGAAGCGUUUGCCAGGGCACCAUGGCAGAGCCGGAAAACCUUGAGGUGAUGGUGAAAACCUUGGACUCACAGACCAGGACCUUCACAGUGGAGGCAGAGAUUACAGUCAAAGAAUUCAAGGAGCACAUUGCCGGCUCAGUCAAGAUCCCUUCCGAAAAGCAGCGCCUUAUCUAUCAAGGGAGAGUCCUGCAGGAUGACAAGAAGCUGAAAGAAUACAAUGUUGGUGGCAAAGUCAUCCACUUGGUGGAACGCGCACCUCCCCAGACACAGUCGCCCUCAGGGGGUCCCUCCGGAGCAGGCCCCGCACCAGUCCCCCACAACGGCACGGGCUCCCGGGGGACGGGCCCCACCGUGCACGACCGCAAUGCCAACAGCUAUGUCAUGGUGGGAACCUUCAACUUACCAAGUGAGCCUCGGGUCCGCCUCGUCAUGGCCCAGCACAUGUUACGGGACGUUCAGGGCAUCCUGAACCGGCUAGAGGGUCAUGGCAACAGCCAAGCCGCAUCAGGAUCUGAGGAAGCACUGUCAGCCAGCCCGACAGAACGGGAGCCGAUGGAAGGAGAGGAAUCUGAGCCGCCCAGCGAGCCCACACCGGCCGAGGAGACGCCCCCAUCUGGGACUGAGCCGCCCCCAGCGGCUGAGGCUGCUGCACCCAAUCACCCAUCGCCAGCAGAGUACGUGGAAGUGCUGGGGGAGCUCCGCGGGGUGGAGAGCAGACUGCAGCCCUUCCUGCAGAGAUACGAGGAGAUCCUGGGAACCGCUGGCACUGCUGAUUACAACAAUAACACGGAGGGCCGUGAAGAGGACCAGCGAAUCAUCAACCUAGUGGGGGAGUCCCUGCGCCUGCUGGGGAACACAUUUGUGGCCCUCUCGGACCUGCGCUGCAACCUCUCCUGCAAUGCCCCCCGCCACCUCCAUGUGGUGCGACCCAUGUCCCACUACACAGCCCCCAUGGUGUUGCAACAGGCGGCCAUUCCCAUCCAGAUCAAUGUGGGAACCACGGUCACCAUGACAGGCAACGGGGCUCGCCCUGCCCAGGCCAGCUUGGACGCCUCUGCCCAGGGCCCCCAGCCCUCUUCUGCCACCCAGCCCAGUGCUCCCAGUCCUGCGGAGGCUGGCCGGCCUCUUGAGGGGCUGCCCCCAUCCUCUUCCCCAGGAGGCACCCCGACUCAGACCCAGGCCUCCCAGACGGGCCACCCUCGCGUGAUCCGCAUCUCGCAUCAGACCGUGGAACCGGUGGUGAUGAUGCACAUGAACAUCCAAGAUUCUGGCUCCCAGGUGGGAGGAAGCAGCGCUGGGGGCGCACCCCCCAUGGGGCCUGCUGGACCCGGCCAAGGGAUGGGUGGUGCUCCUCACAUGCCCCUCCCCAGCCUCCCACCAGAGUUCAUGCAGGCGGUGGCCCACCAGAUAACGCAGCAAGCCAUGGCGGCGGCAGCUUCUGCAGCUACAGGCCAGCAAGUCCCAGUCUUCCAGUCGGCUCCGACACGCGUGGUGAUCGCCAGGCCCUCCGCUCCCUCCGUGCGGCCCACUCACCCUGGGUCACCCCAGGCACCAGGCCAAGGGGGCCCUGGCAUGGGCGGAAAUGCUUCCUUGGCCCAGAUGAUCAGCGGAUUGGUCGGGCAGCUCCUCAUGCAGCCAGUGAUAGUGGCAGCCAGACCACCUUCAACACCACCACCUCCGUCCCCUCCGACAGCCUCUGCCAGCGCGGGCACCACCAACACCGCCACCACCGCUGCGGGGGGCAGCUCGGCCGGUGCUCCCGGAGGGCCUGUCCCAUCGGGCCAGCCCCCGACUGCUGCGACUGAGCUCCAGCUCUCUCAACUGCUGGGGAACAUCCUGGGGGCAGCUGGCUCCAACAUGGCCGGGGUGGCCGGCGUGGGAUCCCCCACCAUCACCGUGGCCAUGCCAGGGGUCCCCGCCUUCCUGCAAGGCAUGACGGACUUCCUGCAGGCAACACAGAUGGGGUCGGCUCCCCUGCAUCCCCCCGAGCAGACGCCGCCCCCGCCUGCCGCCUCUCCGCCACCUCCCCCCUCCGCUCCUCCAAGCGGGCCAGAGGUGCCGUCGGCUGGGCCGGGCGGAGGCAGUGGGGUUCGUGGGGGCGCCUCAACGGAUGCUCUGCCGCCCGAGUUCUUCACCAGCGUGGUCCAGGGGGUGCUGUCGUCCAUGAUGGGUUCCCUCAGCGCCCAGCAGGGCAGCACGGAGAGCAUCGCUGACUUCAUCCAGCGCCUGAGUGCCACCAACAACAUCUUUGAGCCGGGCACCGAGGGGGCCCUUGGCUUCUUCGGGGAUCUCCUCUCUUUGAUCUGCCAGAACUUCUCCAUGGUCGACAUGGUCAUGCUGCUGCAUGGGCAGUUCCAGCCACUGCAGCGGAUCCAGCCCCAGCUCAGCCGCUUCUUCCGGGAGGAGUACCUCCAUGGCCAGGAGCCCACCGAACGCAACGUCCGGAUGGCCACUUACAACUUGAUCAAUGGCUUAGAGGAGUAUAUCCGCGAGAGCUUUGCCUCUGUCCAAGUCCAUGAUGGUGUGGACAUCACCCGUACCAAUCUGGAGUUCUUGCAGGAGCAGUUUAACCGCAUUGCCACGCACAUCCUGCACUGUACAGACAACUCCUUUGGGUUCCGGCUGCUGGAGCUGUGCAACCAGGGCCUGUUUGAGUGCCUGGCCCUCAACCUCUACUGUUUGCGAGGGGAGCAGGCAGCCCUGACGGCCGUCAUCAACGACCGCAUUAGGCGAAUGUCGGCAGACGUGAACCCAUCCCUGGUGAGCUGGCUCACCACCAUGAUGAGCAUGCGGUUGCAGGUCAUCCUGGAGCACAUGCCCGUCACAGAGGAACAAAUCCUGCAAUAUGUCCGCAGGGUGGGCGAUCCCCCCCAGCCCGUUCCUGAGGAGCCCAUGGAUUUGCAGGCCACUGAGCAGCUUUCCGAAGCCCUGCAGCGUGAGAGUGCGGCCUCCCCAGCUCCAGCCACCACGGCCGAGGAGGCCAUGCCCCAGCAGCGAGGGGAGCCCGAGCAUGAAGAGCCCCAGCAAGGGGAACCCCCUGCUCCCGAUGCGGAGCCCUGGGCUGCUGCCGUGCCCCCAGAGUGGGUGCCCAUCAUCCGUGAGGACAUCCAGACCCAGCGCAAGUUGAAGCAGCAGCCUCCCCUCAGCGACGCCUACCUGAGUGGCAUGCCGGCUAAGCGGCGCAAGACCAUGCAGGGUGAUGGGCCCCAACUGCUUCUGUCCGAGGCCGUCAACAAAGCUGCCAAGGGGGCUGGCGUGAAGCCCCUGACCAGUCCCGAGAGCCUCCACAGGGACCUUUCAGACCCAGUUCUACAGGAGGGCUACCGCCAGCAGCUGAAAUCUGACCUGCAGAAGCGGCUGCAAGCUGACCCCAGCUUCACUCCACAGAGGUUCCCCAACGCCCAGCAGGCCUUUGUGGCUGAGGACUUGUAACAGCUGCUGCCAGAGCCUUCCUGGGCCAGAGGCGGACUGUGUGUGGCUCACCUCUCUUCCCGUUGUGCACGACGCAAACAGCCACCCCCUUCUCAGGCCAAAUAUUUAAGUUCCCUUCCCACUUAUUCCCUGUCUGGUUGCUGUGACCUCUCUUGCCCAGUGGGAGUGCACCCAGUGGCUGCUGAAAUUACAAAAUAAAGCCAUUUCUCCAGGGA